AGUGAGACAAGGUCAAAAGCUUCUUUAUUGUCACGGAGACAAGUAAAGGAAAAUAAUUUAAAAACUGUAGAAGAAAAUCAACAUUGAAGUCGUGGGGUUCAAUCAAUGUUCACAGCACUUUAAUCGACACGCCUAACCGUAACCUCCUUUUAUUUUUUUCCUAGAAAACUUCUUUUUUUCCUGGGAAAAAUCUCUCGAAUCAAUCGGAAAAACUCACCAAGAGCUCGAGAAACCAUGAGCAACGAGUAUGAUUACCUCUUCAAGCUUCUGUUGAUCGGCGACUCCUCCGUUGGAAAAUCAUGCCUGCUUCUUCGAUUCGCUGAUGAUGCGUACAUCGACAGUUACAUAAGUACCAUUGGUGUUGACUUCAAAAUUAGGACGAUUGAGCAGGAUGGGAAGACGAUUAAGCUGCAAAUCUGGGAUACUGCUGGGCAGGAGCGUUUCAGGACCAUCACUAGCAGCUACUACAGAGGAGCUCAUGGAAUCAUCAUUGUGUAUGACUGUACUGAGAUGGAGAGCUUCAACAAUGUGAAGCAGUGGUUGAGUGAGAUCGACAGAUAUGCUAAUGAUAGUGUCUGCAAGCUUCUUAUUGGUAACAAGAAUGAUAUGGUUGAAAGUAAAGUUGUUUCCACCGAAACUGGAAAGGCCUUAGCAGAUGAACUCGGAAUUCCCUUUCUUGAGACCAGUGCUAAGGAUUCUACCAACGUCGAACAAGCAUUCUUAACUAUUGCUGGCGAGAUCAAGAAGAAAAUGGGAAGCCAGACGAAUGCAAACAAGACAUCAGGAAGUGGAACUGUCCAAAUGAAAGGUCAGCCAAUCCAACAGAACAAUGGUGGCGGUUGCUGCGGUCAGUAGUUAAGCAAAGUGUUAUCAAAACUAUGUGAGACUUUGUUUUUCUUACUAUGUGUUGUGAAAACUAAUGGCUGUCUAAAACAAUAACGCUGGAAACUUUGAUACUUACGUCACUCUGUGUUCAAUCUAUGGUGGUAGUUGCAAUGUC